AUGGCUGCUGCAGGUGGAGGCUUCGGCCUCCACAAGCUAACACGCCGACACGGCAUCAAACUGUGUCCAGCUGUGGACUGGUCGGUGGAGGAGGUCAGUCUGGCUGUAAGUGAAGUUGUUGGGUGUGAAAAAAAAGCCGGUGAGAGCCAGUCGGCUACCUCUGGAAUGGGCCCCCCGCCUGCUGUGGCCGGUGGUGGUUCCGCUGCUCCUGCACCGGGGCCCCCUUUUGCCUUGGGGGAUGCUGAGGCCUCUGUCCCGAUGGAGCCACAGAGCGACGCACCAGGUUCACGGGGGGAGAACAGUGAGGACGUCCAUCAGGAGAACGAGGAUCAACAGCUGGACAUUUGCCCCGACUCCAGCCUCGGACUCCUACCUGCCUACCUGCUCCACACGGACAUACAAAUAAACCCCAAUCCUGAUCUCGACUCAGCUCCGCCAAAGGGGAGACCACAGCCGGCAGCGGUGCUGGACCAGCCGAGCGCUCAGCCGCCACCGCUGCAGACGGCGCAAGCGGCAGUUCCAGCCGUCUCUCAACUCUACCCAGACCUCGACCUCCCCGCUGCGGAGGGACAAGACAGCCCUCCAGCCUACAGCACUCCGUGGUCAGCAGCUCACACUCCGAAUCGCACCCGAAGAGGUGAAGAUGAGACUGUGACCGAUUAUCUCCACAGGCUCUCGGAGGUCCACACUACAAAUAGUGGCCUCGAGAGGCCGGAUGCCAUGGGGGGGCAGAAUCGUAUCACCCCGUGGGAAGCUCACUUGAGGGAUCGCUUCAUCCACGGCAUCAGACCGGAGAUCAGUGAGAUGGUGAAAACAAACUGCAUCGCCUGGGAGUCUGCAAAUCUCGGGAAAGUCGAAGCAAAAUCACUUAGUACAGAUGUAUUAACAGAUGUUAUGACAACACAAAGCUUACAUUGUACAGCACACAUCUCCGUUGGAUCAGAUCAUUUGUUUGAGCAAAACUGGUUUAAAGAAGGCCAGGUUGAAGACAAACUUAGGCUGAAUUGGCUAUACUGGAACAAUAACCACUGUGUUGUAUCAGUAGCUCUAACUGACUCACUUAAACAAGAUUUGCUUGAAGUGUCACAUUCUGAUCCUUAUGUUCCACUAAUCAAACCCAGACAGGAAGAAUGGAAGGACUUGGAAACUUGGACCAAAAGGUGUAAUGCAGCUACUGGAUGGGAGAAAACAUCUGAUCCUAAUAUUGAUUUUCACAGAGGUUUGAAGGUUAAUCGUAGGAGAUUUUCUGCAGUGAUAAAUGCAAUCAGGAGUGUUGAACUCAUUCCUGAUAUAGAUUUUGUCAAUGUUAAACAUACACCGCAAAUAGGAAAACCUCUUGAUAUGAGUGAUGAAGGAUUCAGUUUUGUGUUAAACAUAAGUGACAUUCCUGAAUUGAAUCAGGUACCGUCAUGUGUGUGGGCUGAGCACAAAUAUGAUGUGGGUCUAAUCAAAGGAGCAGACCCAAUAGUGAUAAUCCCUAAAUCAUCAUAUAGACCAUGUCAAAAUCAAUAUCCAUUGAAAAAGGAAGCAGUGGAAGGUAUUAAACCAGUCUUUGAAUCUCUUUUAAGGGCUGGGGUGAUAGUUCCAUGUGAAAAAUCUCCUGUUCGAACACCUAUUUUUCCUGUUAGGAAAAUGAAGGAAUCUGGACAACCACAAGGAUGGAGAUUUGUGCAGGACUUGCAAGCAGUUAAUGCUGCAGUACAGGCUCGUGCACCAAAUGUUCCGAAUCCUCAUACUAUUCUUUCACAGGUUCCAUCUGAGAGUAAAUGGUUUUCUGUGGUUGAUUUGUCAAACGCAUUUUUCAGUAUUCCCAUUCACCCCGACAGUCAGUUCUGGUUUGCAUUUUCUUUUGAAGGAAAAAUGUACACAUUUACACGCCUUUGUCAGGGGUAUUGUGAGUCACCCACAAUCUUUAAUGCAGCCUUAAGGGACAAUCUGGAAUCACUGGAUCUACCAGCAGGUAGUGCCCUUUUGCAGUAUGUGGAUGAUUUAAUGAUCUGUUCCCCCACAAAGGAGACAUGUGUACAGGACACAGUGGCGUUACUCAAACAUUUAGCUACAAAUGGUCAUAAAGUUAGUUUGUCUAAAAUGCAAUUUGUUUCGGAAAAAGUUACCUUUCUGGGUCAUAUAAUCACAUCAGAGGGUAAAACCCUCUCAUCCAAACGAAUUGAAGCUAUUCAAACUAUCCCAAAGCCAGAAACAAAGAAACAAGUCAUGAGUUUUUUAGGGAUGACUUCGUAUUGUCGGCAAUGGAUUCCACAUUAUGCUGAAAUAGAGGCACCACUAUCAGCAAUUGUGUAUGGAAAAGGCCUCACUGCAAAUAACAGAGUCACCUGGACAACUGAAGCUGAGAAAGCUUUUGUUGAUUUGAAGUUAGCUAUGCAAUCUCCUCCGACAUUAGGACUACCAGACUGUACCAGGCGCUUUACACAGACUGUGGAUGAAAGAGGCGGGUAUAUGACAUCUGUGCUGCUGCAGGACCAUGGGGGACGACUGAGACCGGUAGCUUAUUUUUCCUCACGACUUGACUCUGUGGCAGCAGGACUCCCAACUUGUCUUAGGGCUGUAGCAGCUGCUGAGAAAGCUGUGAUUGCAUCACGUGAUGUUGUGGGUUAUGCUGAUUUGACGUUACUGGUGCCACAUGCUGUUUCAAUGAUUUUGCUUGAACAAAAAACUUCUCACCUUUCAACAGCUAGAUGGCUCAGAUAUAAUACAGUGUUACUUGAAAUGCCAAACAUCACUAUUAAGAGGUGCACUGUUCUUAACCCCGCUACUCUCCUCCCUACACCAGGUGAUGGAGAGCCACAUGAUUGUGUUGCAGUAAUAACUGAAAUUUGUUCUCCCAGACCAGAUUUACAGGAUGUACCACUGGUGAAUGCAGACAUGGAGCUGUUUGUGGACGGCUCAGCAUCAAGGGAUCCAGCAACUAGUAGAAACCAAGUGGGUUUUGCAGUAACAACUUUGUAUGAUACAAUCAUAGCUGAACCACUCCCAUCACAGUAUUCUGCACAAGCUGCAGAAUUAGUUGCAUUGACUGAAGCAUGCAAAUAUGCAAGAGACAAGAGUGUCAACAUCUUCACUGAUAGUAGAUACGCAUGGGGUGUGGCACAUGAUUUUGGCAGACUUUGGGCUAAUAGAAAGUUUUUAACCUCUACAGGUAAACCCAUUACACACCAUACCCUGGUUGCUGCUCUUCUUGAUGCUGUGUUGCUACCUAAACUGAUUGCAAUCUGUAAAUGUGAAGCGCAUACUAGGGAACUUGACUCAGUUUCACGGGGAAAUGCAAGAGCAGAUAUUGCUGCAAAGGCUGCAGCGAAACGUAGCCUGCCAGUUAAUGAUGCUUUUGUUUUGGAUGUGCCCGUGACACCUAAUGCUGAUUUACAGGAGCUGCAAGCGAGGGCAACACCAGAGGAGAAGGUUGUUUGGAAGAAAGCAGGCUGUUCUGUUACUGACGGAAUUUGGUGUGGGCCAGAUGGAAAGCCUUGUUUACCUAAAUAUCUGUUUCCUUAUUAUGCUAAGUUGAUACACGGUAAAGACCAUGUGUCAAAGGGGGGAAUGCAAGCAGAUAUACAGAAGUAUUGGUUUACAAAAGGAUUUUCAAACUACUCAAAAAAAUUCUGUCAGAAAUGUGUAAUUUGUGCUACGAAUAAUAUUGGUAGAGGAAUCCAUACUGCACAAAGUGCACAUCCAGCACCAAACGAACCAUUUGAUCAUUUACAGAUGGAUUUUAUUGAACUAACACCAAGCGAGGGAAAGAAGUACUGUCUUGUUGUGGUUGACAUGUUUUCCAAAUGGGUAGAGGCUUUUCCCUCAUCGAAACAGGAUUCUUCAGCAGUGGCAAAGGCACUUCUGGGGGAAUUCAUUCCUCGGUGGGGAAUCCCAAGAAAGAUAUCCAGUGAUAAUGGUACUCCAUUUGUAAGCGCAGCUUUAAAGAGUGUUGGUGAGUAUUUGGGUAUCGAUAUGCGACAACAUUGUGCUUACCAUCCUGCUAGUGGAGGAGCAGUGGAAAGAGAAAACGGCACAUUGAAAAACAAACUGGUCAAAUGCUGUGAGGAAACAGGGCUGACAUGGACAAAGGCAUUACCUAUUGUUUUAAUGUACAUGAGAUCUAGAGUGAGAAGUAAGAAUGGUUUGAGUCCUUAUGAGAUUCUCUUUUCACGUCCAAUGGAGACAGGAAUUGGUCCUGUUAAAAGGCAGCUUCCUCAGACCAGUCAAUGUGAAGAUGAAAUGUUGCGAUAUUGUGUAAAUCUUUCCUCUGUUCUCCUUGAUAUCCACAGGCAGGUGAGGACGCCCUACCAAAAUCCAUAG